AUGUCAACAUCUUACUCGAUUACCUCGGCUGGAUCUUAUAUGCAGGCCAUGCAAUCCAUGGUGCAGGCAGCUGAAACUUUCAAGUUAGACAAAACCAAGAUUAAUAUUCCUGAGAUUGACAAUGAGUUCAAGACUAAGAAAACUGACAAGGCUGUAGAUACCAAGGAUGAUCUGACUGUGUUGUCCCAAGAUCGAAAUAAUUGGGAUGAUAUAUAUGAUGAUUUCAAUGAUAUAUCUUUUGAAAAAUUACAAGAAGUAGUAGAUUCCUAUAAGAAAGGUAACACUGACUCAAUUUACAAGAAACUUUAUUUAUUGGCAGCUUCCAGCACAAGUUCAUUAUCCACCGAUUCGCUGCUUGAGUCUGCCUUACAAUUAACCUACAACUAUGAAAAAGGGGAACUAGCUAAGGAAUUAUUGGAUCUUGUCGGCACUGAAAAUAUCGAAUUAUUAUCGUUUCUGCUAGAAAAUCGUAAUCAGAUUGUUUCUCAACCAAUAGAAGAAGUGUUAAGACUAAUAAAAACAUCUAAUGAGGGCUCAUCAGGUUUGUUAAGUCAGCAAGAUAUUAGGAAUCAAGUAUUACAAAAUGCUCAAAUGGCUAAGAACCAAAAAUUAGAUCCAGCUGAAAAAGUAAUUAAAUACCCACAUGUCUUUAGAAAAUACGAGGCAGCUGGUUCUUCCUCUCUAUCAUUUUCUGGUCAAAAAUUUACCUUACCAUUAGGGACAACAAGGCAAUCAUAUCAAACGUUUGAAGAAAUUAUAAUUCCGGCGGCUGAUCCAUCCUCUAGUAAAAAGAGUUUUUAUACAAAGCUUAUAAAGAUUUCUGACCUAGAUCAUUUUUGCAGAGCUGUGUUUAAAUAUGAAACCUUAAAUCAGAUUCAAUCACUAGUGUAUCCUGUUGCAUAUACCACAAAUGAAAAUAUGCUAAUUUGUGCCCCAACUGGUGCAGGUAAAACUGAUGUCGCCUUGCUGAGUGUUUUGAACACAAUUAAACAAUAUUCUACUCUUGAUUAUGAGGGAGAAUUGGACAUUCAAUAUGACGAUUUUAAGGUCAUAUACGUCGCCCCUUUGAAGGCCCUUGCAGCAGAAAUUGUGAGUAAAUUCAGUGAGAAACUAUCAGUUUUCAAUAUCAGAGUAAGAGAAUUGACGGGGGAUAUGCAAUUAACUAAGUCAGAAAUCCUGGAAACACAGGUUAUUGUUACAACUCCUGAGAAAUGGGAUGUGGUGACUCGUAAGGCCAAUGGUGAUAAUGAUUUAGUUUCUAAGGUCAAAUUACUCAUUAUCGAUGAAGUGCACUUGUUACACGAAGACCGUGGUUCUGUUAUUGAGACUUUAGUAGCGCGUACUUUGAGACAAGUGGAAAGUUCCCAAUCAAUGAUCCGUAUUGUUGGUUUAUCAGCAACGCUACCGAACUUUAUGGAUGUCGCCGAUUUCUUAGGUGUGAAUAGACAGGUUGGUAUGUUUUAUUUUGAUCAAUCAUUCCGUCCCAAACCUUUAGAACAACAACUCUUGGGUUGUAGAGGGAAGGAUGGAAGUAAACAAUGCAAAGAAAAUAUUGACAAAACUGCAUAUGAUAAGCUUUUAGAAAUGAUUGAACGUGGAUAUCAGGUAAUGGUAUUUGUUCAUGCGAGAAAAGAAACUGUAAAAAGUGCAAGAACAUUCAUUAAGAUGGCACAAUCAAAUAACGAACUUGACUUCUUUGCCCCUGAUCCAUCAACAAAGGACAGAUAUUCUAAACAAUUAGCUAAGAAUCGGGAUAAAGAUCUGAAGGAAAUUUUCCAAUUUGGUUUUGGUGUUCAUCAUGCAGGUAUGUCCCGUUCUGAUAGAAAUCUAACUGAAAAAAUGUUUAAGGACGGUGCUAUCAAAGUACUUUGUUGUACAGCAACACUUGCCUGGGGGGUGAAUUUACCCGCAGAUUGUGUUAUUAUUAAAGGAACUCAAGUCUAUGAUGCCAAGAAGGGUGGAUUCAUCGAUUUAGGUAUUUCUGAUGUCAUUCAAAUCUUUGGUCGUGCAGGAAGACCAGGUUUUGGCUCAGCCAAUGGUACAGGUAUACUUUGUACAUCAAGUGAGCGUUUAGAUCAUUAUGUCUCUUUGAUAACCCAACAGCAUCCAAUAGAAUCAAAAUUUGGUGCCAAAUUGGUUGAUAAUCUAAAUGCAGAAAUAUCUUUAGGUACAGUCACAAAUGUAGAAGAAGCAGUCCAAUGGUUAGGUUACACGUACAUGUUUGUAAGGAUGAGAAAAAACCCUUUUACGUAUGGUAUCGAAUGGGAUGAGGUGGCAACUGAUCCUCAAUUGUAUGAACGUCGGAAAAAGAUGAUUGUUACUGCUGCAAGAAGAUUACAUGCUCUCCAAAUGAUAGUUUUUGACGAAAUAUCCAUGCAUUUUAUUGCUAAGGACUUAGGGAGGGUUUCCUCUGAUUUCUACUUACUAAAUGAAUCUGUUGAAAUUUUUAACCAAAUGUGUGAUCCACGAGCUACUGAAGCGGAUGUGCUAUCUAUGAUAAGUAUGAGUAGUGAAUUUGAUGGAAUUAAAUUUAGAGAGGAAGAAUCGUCCGAGUUAACAAAAUUAGUCGAUACUGCUGUUCAAUGUCAGAUAGGUGGCGCUCUGGAUACUCCACAAGGGAAAACCAACGUUCUAUUACAAGCCUAUAUUUCACAAAGUAGAAUAUUCGACUCCGCUCUUUCAUCCGAUGCUAAUUAUGUUGCUCAAAAUUCCGUUAGAAUAUGUCGUGCAUUAUUUUUAAUAGGUGUCAACAGAAGAUGGGGAAAUUUUGCGAAGGUUAUGUUGGAUAUUUGCAAAUCAAUUGAUAAGAGAUUAUGGGCUUUUGACAAUCCAUUAUGUCAAUUUGACUUGCCAGAUAACAUUCUUCAUCAAUUAAGAACAAAGAACCCCUCAAUGGAACACUUGUUAGAAUUAGAACCUGAAGAAAUUGGAGAAUUAGUUCACAAUAAAAAGAUGGGUGGGAGAAUCUACAGUCUCUUAAGCCGAUUCCCUAAGAUACAGAUUGAUGCCGAAAUUUUCCCUAUUUCAUCAAAUGUUAUGAGAAUUCAUGUAACUCUGCAUCCAGACUUCACAUGGGAUGGUAGAAUACAUGGUGAAGCUCAAUUUUUUUGGGUAUUAGUUGAAGAAUCAGAUAAGUCACAAAUUCUUCAUUUUGAGAAAUUCAUCUUGAACAGAAAACAUCUUAAGAAUUCCCAUGAAAUGGAUUUCAUGAUCCCACUGUCAGAUCCACUACCACCCCAGGUUGUGGUUAAAGUGAUUUCAGACACAUGGAUUGGAUGCGAGUCAGUUCAUGCCAUAUCUUUUCAACAUUUAAUAAAACCCUAUAAUGAGACAUUACAAACCAAAUUACAAAGGUUGAGACCGUUACCAACAAAUGCUCUUCACAACCCAUUGGUUGAAUCGAUUUAUCCAUUCAAAUAUUUCAACCCAAUGCAAACAAUGACGUUCCAUACAUUAUAUAACACCAAUGAAAAUGUCUUUGUAGGGUCACCAACUGGAUCUGGGAAAACUGUUGUUGCAGAAUUGGCCAUUUGGCAUGCUUUUAGAGAUUACCCAGGUAAAAAGAUCGUCUACAUUGCACCAAUGAAAGCUUUGGUUAGGGAAAGAGUGGAUGAUUGGAGGAAGAGAAUCACACCGGUAACAGGUGAUAAAGUUGUUGAAUUAACGGGUGAUUCUUUACCUGAUCCUCGUGAUGUUCGUGAUGCAACUAUUAUAAUUACUACUCCAGAAAAAUUUGAUGGUAUUUCUCGUAAUUGGCAGACUCGUAAAUUUGUUCAAGAUAUAUCCCUAGUCAUCAUGGAUGAAAUUCACUUAUUGGCAAGUGAUCGUGGUCCUAUCCUGGAAAUGAUUGUUAGUCGUAUGAACUAUAUUGCGUCCCAAACAAACAAACCCAUUCGUUUGUUAGGUAUGUCUACUGCUGUAUCUAAUGCUCAUGAUAUGGCUAGUUGGUUAGGGGUUAAGAAUAACGGGUUAUAUAAUUUCUCAUCAAGUGUCCGUCCUGUUCCAUUGAAGAUGUAUAUUGAUGGAUUCCCUGACAAUCUUGCCUUUUGUCCUUUGAUGAAGACAAUGAACAAACCUGCAUUUAUGGCCAUUAAGCAACAUUCGCCCAAUAAGCCUGCGUUGAUCUUUGUGGCGUCACGUAGACAAACUAGAUUAACUGCGCUGGACCUGAUCCACUUGUGUGGUAUGGAAGAUAAUCCAAGAAGAUUUUUGAAUAUUGAUGAUGAAGAAGAGCUAAGAUAUUAUAUUUCUCAAGUUAGUGAUGAUACGCUAAAAUUAUCACUACAAUUUGGUAUUGGUUUGCAUCAUGCCGGUUUGGUUGAGAAAGAUCGUUCAAUUUCUCACAAAUUAUUUGAGAAAAACAAAAUUCAAAUUUUAAUUGCAACAUCGACAUUAGCUUGGGGUGUUAAUUUACCUGCCCACUUAGUGGUUAUUAAAGGUACACAAUUUUUUGAUCGUAAAAUCGGGGGAUAUAAGGAUAUGGAUUUAACUGAUAUUUUACAAAUGAUGGGUAGAGCAGGUAGACCUGCCUAUGAUACAACCGGUACUGCUAUUGUGUAUACUAGAGAUUCAAAGAAGAUGUUUUAUAAGCAUUUCUUAAAUGUUGGAUUCCCUGUGGAAUCUUCUUUGCAUAAAGUAUUGGAUGAUCAUUUGGGUGCAGAAAUAACAUCGGGAACCAUCACAACCAAACAAGAAGCUCUCGAUUUCUUGCACUGGACAUUUUUCUUCCGGAGAGCCCAUCAUAAUCCAACAUAUUACGGUAUCGAAGGUGAUUCAGGAGAUGCUGGUGUUAGUAAACAUUUAAGUGAAUUAAUUGAUACUACGUUGGAUAAUUUGGAAGAGUCACAAUGUAUCGUUCUUCAUAAGGAUGAUAUCGAACCAACCCCAUUCUUGAGUGUUGCAUCUUACUACUAUCUUUCUCACAAGACUAUAAGAAUGUUACUAAAGCAAAUUCAUAACAAGGCAACAUUCAAAGAUGCGUUGAAAUGGCUCUCCUUAGCGGUAGAGUAUGAUGAAUUAUCUACAAGAGGUGGAGAAACAAUAAUGAACGAAGAGUUAUCAUCUCAAUCACGAUAUUCUGCUGAAAGUACAUUCAAUGGAGAUGAGGAAUUGCCUAUGUGGGAUCCUCAUGUGAAGGCAUUUUUACUAUUACAAGCUCAUUUAAGUCGCGUGGACCUUCCUAUUGCCGAUUAUAUUCAAGAUACCGUCUCUGUUCUAGAACAAGCUCUGCGUAUCUUGCAAGCAUAUAUCGAUGUUGCCAGUGAAUUAGGCUACUUGGAUACUGUUUUGACUUUGGUUAAAUUAAUGCAAUGUGUUAAACAAGGAUAUUGGUAUGAGGAUGACCCAAUUGGGUUAUUGCCUGGUUGUAAUUUGAACAGAAUUGAUGAUAUUAAAUUUAGCGAACAAGGUUAUCCCUUAACUGCUAGGAAGGGCUCAUUGACAUUAAACGAUAUUGGAUCAUAUAGUUUUGGUAAGUUACAAAACCUUAUUACCAAAUUUAAUGUUAUUGAGGAAGAUAGAAAACAGUUUUUGUAUGUUUGUCAAAGGCUACCUAUUUUGACAGAUAUACAUUUUGCAGAACAGAAAGAUGACGAUAAAUUAACACUAAUGGCGAGACAUCUGUCGUCGAAGAAUAAUAGGGGAUUUGAGGUGUAUUGUGAUAAGUUCCCAAAAGUUCAAAAGGAAUUAUGGUUUUUAAUCGGAUAUCAAGGUACUGAAUUGCUAAUCUUGAAGAGAUGCCAACCAAGACAGAGUGGUAAAGAAGUACAUAUUACCUGUGAUUUGAUAAUACCAGAUGAAUUAUCUGGGGAAACUUUAGACUUCAUUCUGGUAAAUGACGCCUUAGAUCUCAAAUACAAUCUUAAGCAAAAGUUACGCUAA